CGUCAUAGUGGUACUUGCGCCGCGCCUAACCGGGCUCCAGUCGUUUCUGAUGCAGGGCUGACGCUGGACCAUCUCUACUAAACAUGCAACGACGCAACACCGACCCUGAUCAGGCCCGACGAAAUGCAAGGGCAGACAGGGCAUCUCCAAGCACUGCUUCUGUUGGCAGUGCAUCAUCUGCCAGUAAAAACACAAAUCGUGCUCAUGACACUAGUGCCUUGACCAACAGAUUGAAACACCUGGAUGAUUGCAUGCGACAAGUGAGGAGCCUGAUGAAAAACCUUGAGAAGUCUGAAGAUCCUCGUGCUCAAGAAGAACUGUGUCGUUUGCAAAGGCUUCAUAGUGACUUGGUGGACAAGUCUGCCUCAAUGCAAUCCCUUUUGGACCAGAUGGCUCAGCAACAGUUACUGACACUUCACCAGAUGCUGGAUCAGCUGAACAUUGAACAUGCAAACACUGAUGAUCGCAAAGGAAGGUUCAAUGCCCUUGACCAGCGACAGCGCCACUUGAAUGAACGCUUGUUAGAAACGGGAGGGCGUGAAGCUUCUCCGGCAUCUGCAUCUAGCGGCCUCGACAACUGCCUCAAUUGUGAUCCGACUGAUGACCCACAGUAUGCGCAGCUUCUACAAGAUGAGAAGGAAAGUUUGAUGGAGCAGAAUGUAGUGAUAAGAAAGAUUAUAGAAUCUCAGAAAAAGCUUUCAGCACUACGAGAGCAGCAUGACAUAAUCAGGAGUGUUCAGAAGAAAGCAGAAAAUAAACUGGCUGAGGCAAAAGCUUUCCAAGACCAGCUGGCUGCUAGCCAUCCAGAUUUGAGUGUGUGGGUGAGCGAGAUGCAGCGUGAAACUGCUGCCGGGACAUUGCCGAUGCCUCCAACGUCAGCGCUGCGGGAAUCGAAGCGGGCCGCUCCAUCUCGACGCUCGCACCAUGGUGCAUCUGCACCUCCCGGUGAUGUCGCCUCACAUGGUGAUGGCAAUUGGAACUGGUCUGCUGAUUCAGCUGCGGAUGGUGCUUCGGCUGAGGUUCUUAUUGGUGCCACAGGCGGCCACCCGGCUGGUGAUGCAGAAUUUGAAGAGUUAGAGCGACGGGUGCAGCAACUGCAAAGCAUGUUCGCUCAGCAAGACAAGUUUGGUAUUGCUGACUUGGAGAGCGCCGUGGUGGAUGGCGAGUGUGCCGAUCUGCAAACCAGUCAGAUAAAUGAAAACAUUCAGGCUCUGCAAGAACAGAAAUCUCAGGUGGAUCGGCUUCUCCGUGAACUGACCACGCUGCAGACGGAGGCCUCGAGGCUUGGCAUCCAAGGUAACCUAAAUGCUGGCAAUGCGAAUGAAGGUUCGAAGGAUUCUUCAGUGAGAGGCCCGGCAAAGUUCUCUACUCCUUACGAGCAGCCAUCAAUGAGAGAAAAAAGAAGGCCAGAGGCUCAGCCAAAGUCAAGGGGAAGUGCCACGUACAAGAAGGAUAAUCUGCAAGGGGACUUCCCUGCACGGCGGCACUACGAAGCAGAGGGAAGAGCCAACGAGGAGCCUGAUGUUGGAGCUGGAGCAGCAGCCACUGCCACGGUCCCUGUGCAACAACCUGCUGACCCGCUAAGUGCAGCUCAGGCAAGAGCUAGUGGAGACAUCCUCGCCGAGAAAGUCAGGCAGCUCCAGACAACACGCAGUCAGCUGCAGUACCUGCAGUCUCUAGUUGCUUCAUUCCAAGAUGGCAGUGCUGAACCUGCUGCUAGUGCCCCAAGGAGUGGUGUGUCAUCAAGCGGAGAGACUGACCUGCGAAAGGAGCAGCAGAAGCAGCGGCACAACCUAGAGCAGCUGCAGGAACAGCGAAUGCGUCUGUCCUUGCUAAGGCAGCAGCUUGCGUCCAGCCAGUCACCACUGGCAAAGAACCAGCUCCGCAUUGCCCCUGAAGGCCCGCAGCACUUGCUGCCGCCUGCAGCGAGCCCUAGGGGGACCUCGGCAGAUGCCAAUGCAGCCCUCUCCCCAACCAAGAAGGAAAAUGUCACCUUGCCCAAGAAUCUCUAUGAUACCACCAAGACCAGCAAUCGUUUGCACGAGAACUCAUCCUCCAACCUUGAGUCAAUGGGAUUAAGUCGUGACAAGGCUAUCCUUGAGGAGCUGUUGCAAGCAGAGCGAAGUAAGCAGCUCCUUUCCUACUCCCACAACGAGGAUGUGCGGAGCCCCAGCUCGUGUUCUGCAAGCUCUGAGCCCAUGGAGGGAUUGCCCUUUGGGCCAGGAAGCGUCAUGGCCGGAGGGAACACGACAAUUGCUGCCACUUGGGGUGGCUCUAGUACACAGGAGAACUUGGAAGACGAUGAGGAGGAUGACGAGGACAGGCACGAAGGCAGCGUUGAGGCAGGACAUGACUCUGAAGGAAGCCGGAGUGACGUCGAAAAUGACAAUGGGCGUUCUAUGCCGUCAUCUCUUGCUGGGAAAGAUACCCAUCACACAGCUGCAGAGCCAGUUGCUCUUCCCACGGGGCGCACGGACAAUCGACUGACCAACACGCAUCCGUCCAGAGUUAAUGGCACAUACAAUGGGAGCGGUCAGUGGGGCCUUUGGCAUGGUACUGCUGGCAUCCUUGGAACACCUCUGCAACGUCAGCAUUCAUCUGGUCUCCAGGGUGACCCGUCACAGGCACCUCCUGAAGUUGAAGGUCUCCAGUCCAUGCCCGGCGUGUCGGGGCUUCCAAUGGUUCCAGGAUGGCAUCAACUCUCACACCACCUUCUGCAGCAGCUGGAGCACACCAAUGCAAUGUACCAGUCAAUUCUGCAAGAGCAACAGGCAUUUGGCACCUCUGCAGCUGCCAUGUCACCAGGUCCGCAAUAUCGAGUUCCGAACACGGACGUCCUGCACCACUAUGCAAUUCAACAGCAACUGCUUCUGAGCAUCAUCCACUGCUACCAGCUCUUGAGUAUCCAGCAGAUGGAGAUCAGCCAUUUACAGCAGGCAGCCCACCAGCAAAGCUGCUCGCCAAGCAUAGAUGAUGGCCUGAGGGUGCCCAACUUGCAGCCAUUGGAGCAAGGGAGCCCCUACCUGUCGGAGCAGGAUCCCACUGCUGGUACCUGGAUGCCGAGUGCAGCCGCAGCUGCCCUGCAUGCUGCUGGUCCCCAGGCGCAUCGUCCUCUGAUAACUGCUGAAGCCAGAGGUGCCCCUCCAGGAGCCACACUCAACAACCAGGUGGUUCCAGGUAGUCGUGCCAACAAUUUUUGGGAUAACUUUAGAAGCUACUCUCGUCAAAACCUUCUGUCAAAUCCUGGCACGGCACCAAAGACCAAUGAGCUGCCUGCCAAUUUUCAGGUUCAGCAAUCUCAUCCCAGUGGCCCAAUACUAACUGCAGCUUCAUCCAGGACAAAGUUAUGGGCUUCCCCACGUGACUCAAGGGAUUACCCUCCAGCAUAUACGUCAGCCAGUUCCAGCAGCCAGCCUAGCCACGUGAGACCUGUGCAAAAUGUGUGGCCUCAGGAGUCGACCGGAAAUCGAACGAAUGACUCAAAGCAAGCCAAUGGUAUCCAAGGCCAUGUAUCUGGUAUGGAAUAUGCUGCUGAGGCCCUCAAUGUAUCACCAAGACGACCGUCGUCUCAGCAGCAGCAGCCCGCCUGUGAUGUCCUGAAAAUGUCCAUUGGUGCUGAAGUGUCACGAUUGCUCGAGGGCAAAGAAGACGCAGCCAGCCUGGCUGCAGUGCUUCACCAGCUCCAGCUCCUCAACAGCCCCCAGCCUGACCUCACUUCAGGUCAGGCUUGUGGUGGUGCACGGCGCAAGGUUCCAUCGUCAGCAAAAAGCAACAUCCCCAAAGAGAACCGUGCACAAAAUGGUGACCGCCACCUCAUGUUUCAAAGAGGUGCUUCCGAGUCAUCACCUGACCUCGUGGCUAGUGUAGAAUUUGCAACUGACAGCCGUUCCAGGAUUGAGGAAACCCUGUCAGACUCCACUUUUGACAAGAACAUUUCGAGGCCUCUGGCGGCAGUCACAGCGCGCAAAAGGGCCAAGCCACUGUGCAGCUCUGCUAGCCAACCUCCUCAGCUUUCCCCAAUGUCCACUGCUUCCAUGGAGAGAACUGCUCCUGCUGAGCAAAUGGUAGCAGAGCGGGACUGCGGCUCCAGUGAGGAUCAAGCAGCUUCUGCCAGACCAAUAGAGCCUGUGUUUGAGCAGACUUGGCCUGAGAAAGACACAACAGUUUCAGCUCCGGCGGCAGAGCUGCCUCAGCCUGGUGGUGAAGGCCCUGUUGGAGAGUCAUUGCCAGGACUGGACAACAUGCUCAUGCUUGCAGAAGCCCAUGCACUGCGUGGUGUGAACCAAGAUGUGCAGCAGGCUAUGUACAACAUUGAACUGGCUUUUCUGCAACAGGGCCUUGCACCUGGCGGUGAGCAACAGGGAGAGGAAGCAGAAGACGACGAAGAUCGUGAGCUGGAAACUGAGCCCGAGGCUGAGGGAACCCAAGAUUUGGCCGAAGCAGACCAGUCGCCCGCUGCUGAACAAGAUGCCGCAGACCAGCAGCCUGAAGAUGUGGCAGCACCAGCAUUGUUGGGGGCUGUUGGUGGAGCUGAAGGUGGUGUGGCAGAACAGCCUACUGAUGAUACUGCUUCAAGGCAGGCAGCAUCCGAUGCAUCAGAAGUCUCCCAUGAAGAUGCAGUGCCAAGGACGGAAUCAGAAGACAACCCUCCUCGCCAGCAUGAUGGCUCUCAACCCCCACCUAGCUAGUUACGGGGAACCUGGAGCAUUUAUAGAUCAAAAGCAAUCGACUCUAUGUUAUAGUGAUGAGUCAUUGAGAUCUGGAUGUUUAGUUGAUAUUUUUGUGCAACUUUCUCUCCCAUUAAAGUAACAGUAUUUUUGCCCAUUCAGUGCAUGACCAAUAAAGUCAUCACUUGUUCAUACAUAUUUA